UCAAUAAUUGCCGGUCCCAAGCCCGGAUAAAAUCGAAAACAGCCUCCCUAUCCAGAUAGGGGUAAGGCUGCGUACAUCUUACCCUCGCCAGACCCACUAUUGUGGGAUUACACUGGGUAGUGACCAAGACCAAGACCAUGUAUUUUCUUUUCUUGUUCUAGAAUAAUGACAAGCGGUUGUUCAUGUUGUGAUUAUAUAUAUGUACUUGCUUAUUAAUUGCAGAGUAAUUCAUGCAUGUGUUUAAUGUGUUAUUUGAUCUGACUUACGUGUUUGAUUGUGUAUUUUGAUUUAUGGGUAUCCUUUUGAUGUUAAGAUUGAGUUCAAAAUUUUGAUAUUUGAUGUGAAGGGUGUUGAUUCUAUCCUAAAAGUUUAUUUGGAAGCAUGAGAGGUACUUAUUUUAGUAAUUACUCUAUUUCAAUGUGCUUAUAUGCUUUUUUAGUUUUAACAAAAAAGAAAUUAACUGGUAGCUCUGCUAGACUCUUGGACCGUGUUAUUGUUUGUUCUAGUUGAACCAAAUUCUCCUUUUUUUUUAAAAAAAAUAAUCUUUUUUUAACAGAUGAUGGCGGGUGGGGUUAGGAAGUACAUUGCAAUUUUUUUGGAAUUUGCACACGGAGUAGAUGUUGAACCCCUUUCGUCGUGCGUUUAUUUCUUUAUAUUUUUGAACCCCUUAGCAAAAAUACCUGGCUCCGCCACUAGAUGGUGAAACUAGAACGUUUGUUCCAUUUUAAGGCGAAAAUGCAGUCGCUUAUGGACAAUGGAGUCAUCUUAGACACUUGUAAUUGCUGGAAUCAAGGUCAAACCAGAGGCGCAUGGUUUCUGGAUAGUUGAGAAAAGCACAAACUGGAGCAAGCCCAGUGGCAAGAUAUUUUGCUCGAAAAUGCUCGAUAUCUUCUAUAAAAGUUUCGUAACUCUGUAACUUUAAGAAGCAGUUCAUACCGUUUCUGUGCUAAAUAGGCGAUAUCUAGCUUGUGCUAAAAGAGGGCUUGAUUUCUGAUCAAAGACUAGAAAAUCGAUCCUGAAGAAGGAAUGAACAUGUCAACAAGGCAAAGGAGCUCUGACUUUGAUGAAGACCACAUCAGUAGACUACCAGAUGCCAUCCUCAUCCAUAUUCUCUCCUUAUUGCCAUCAACAGAUGCUGUUAACACAAUCUUAAUUAAAAGAUUUCAUCAACUUUGGCCAUUCAUCCACACACUCACUUUUGAUCAGUGCACGUUUCCAGGGCACAACUGUGUCUAUUAUUGGCAAACUGUUAGUCCCGAGUAUGACGAAAGGUUCUUGAAUUUCGUUCGUCACGUGCUUCUUCGGAAUAGGAGCCCUACUCUUGAUAAGUUCUGCCUUGAUUUUCAUUUUAGCUUAUGUCAUUCAAUUCGGCAAAGAGUAUCCAACAGAACAGAUAAUGAUUUUCUGAGGAGUGAGAAAAGGAUGGCUAAUGAAAUUGGUACCUGGAUCCAGUUCGCAUUAAACAAGAAUUUGAAGGUCCUUGACUUGUCUUUCUCUGCACAUGGUACAUAUCAGCCACAGGCUUAUUAUGAUCUGCCUAAUUGUGUUCUAAGCAGUCCUCAUUUGGCUGAACUCCGGUUGACACAGUGUAAGAUAAAAACAAAAAAGAAGAGUGCGCUAAAGUCUCUAACAACAUUGUAUCUUGAUAACGUUAUGCUAAUAGAUCAAUCGAUGGAUUAUAUUCUAUCUGGUUGCCCAAUGCUUGAGGAAUUGACGCUGUGGUUUUGCUAUGGCCAUAGAAGAGUGGUUGUGGUCAAUUCGAAUUUAAAGACAUUGGUACUUGGCGUUAGAUGGUUUGGAACAAGGAUACAUGUCUCUUGUCCGACUCUCAUAUCAUUAAAUAUGUUUGGAACUGUGGAGGUACUGGAUAUUACAAAUGUAUCAUCUAUUGUGGAAGUGUCUGUAAAUCGUAGGGAAAGAUUUGACUUUAGACAGUACAAGGAUUACCAAGAGAUGAGAGUAUUACUCCAAACAAUUAGCGGGGCCAAAAGUCUCCAGCUAUGUUCCUGGUUUGCUCUGGUAUUUUCUUCGUGGCAGUUGACAAAUCUACUAUCUCCCACCUUCAGCUGCAAAUCCCUUCAUCUUCGAUUGAAUUUUGUGAAAUGGCACCUGCCAGGAAUACUGAACUUACUGAAGCACUGUCCUUGCUUGGAGAAUCUCAUCAUUGAUAUAACUUAUUACGAUGAAUCUACAUCCCAAGACACACUCUCUUGGAUUCACCCGUAUGAGUUUGAUGCGGAUGAAUAUUGGAAUACGGUAGAUACUCCCGUCCAGUGCUUGACUCAUCACCUCAAGACGGUGGAGAUAGCUGGUCAUGUAAUGGAGAAACAGGUGGUUCCGUUUCUGGAAUAUUUGCUCGGGCACUGCAUGGUGUUGGAGAAAAUGAUGAUAUACGCGGAAGAGCAGACAUGGACUUGUGGCCCAAUUAAUCUUUCGCCUGAUAAUGUUCAUGAAUAUGAAGAGAGGCUAAUGAAUGCACCAAUAGCCUCUGCCUCUGCUGAAGUGCUCAUCUACUAAGGUGAACCCUUCAGACGUAUUUGCCUUGAUACUUUUAGUUCGAACAUUUUGUUUCUGGGAACUCUUUUAUAAUAAUUAGUUAGUUGUUAUCGGUGUAAAUAAGUUCAACUCAUGAUCAUAAUGUGCACAAUGAAUUGCGCUGUGGACACCGUUUCCUGUAUUGUCUGUAAUAACUGUUAAAGGGCUUUCCUGUUGGAUGUUAUGAAGCUUUUCCUUUCGACUUU